UGCAAGUCAAGAUGUGCUGCUGAGAGAAUUCCCGCCUGACAUCUGCCAGUUGGCGAAGGGCGGUGGUUCCCGGAGGAUUCCUCAGUCUCUCAGAAGGUGGUUGAGGGGAGGCGGCCGCAUCGGAGCGAUCUCCACUUGCGGCAGAAGUUUCGCUGUACGGUAUUCGAAUCACAGAGAUUCCACAAGGAUGAGCCGUUCAAGGGGUCACAGCCCCGUAUUAUCUUUGCUCUUGGUGAUGACCCUCUUGCCGUGUUCUUGGGCGUCGGGGGCCUUCAAAGGCGACCCGGGUGAACUUGGGGAUUCGGGCUUUGACCUCUCCAAGUACUCUGCUUCGCAAGCAGUGAAAGAGAGGUCCAAGAGAUUCAUCAGCUUCCCGUCGUCUUCCACCUUGACCUUCAAUCACAAGAUUAAGAUUCCUCUCUUCAGCAAGCUGAACAACGAUAUAAGCGGGGUGUUCAAAGGCUUCAUCCGAGCCAUCUACACUUUACCAUCAGACACCAUUUCCAUCGGCAGAGGAGACAUCGACAAGGACCGUUACAACGCCUACAAUUCCAUUGAAUCGCUCUUCUCAAAUUUUGGCAUGAAUGGACACCAGUGUUUGCUGAAGGCCAUUUGCGAGACAGCCGAAGUGCCUGCUGAAGAGUACGGGCUCAUGGGCGAGCUCCUGCAACUACUUCUUUCUCCCAACCAUGAGCUGACAACCGCCAAGGAAGAGCUGAGGCAUUACGUGGCAGCCGAGGACUAUGGUCGAGCCGUCGGCAAUUGUGACCUGGCCUAUUCCUCCUGCCCUUUCAGCCUCAAUGAACUGGUCAAAACUGGAGUCUCCCUGUUGCAGGGAUCAGUGUCAGGAUUUUAAGGCUUUAGAGAGAGAGAGAGAGAGAGAAAGAGAGAGAGAGAGAGAGAGAGAGAGAGACAGACAGGCAGACAGACAGAGAGAGAGAGAGAGCUGCAUGACGAAUGCAAAUUCGUUACAACUAAUAGAUUUGUGAAGGCAUAUUCCUGUCUCCUUCCCUAAACAGUACAUCGCGUGAAACACUGUGGUCAGGCUGAUUGAUUGCUAGGCUUAACUCACUCGCGAAUAGUAUAUAUUGUUUAAUAUUUCGUCAUUUUAGGAUGACUGUCUUUUGGACCACUUUUUGACAGUGACCCAUGAAAGCAAUUUUGGAAAAAUGAAUCAAUUAAAUGCUACUUUCCUUCAUAUUCUCAGGGCUGACACAUAAAGUAUGCUUACAUUUGUCAAGUUUUUGAACUGUUUUGGCUUAAAAAGUACAUUAAACAUGACGAAUCCGCAGAUGGUUACGUCAAAAAUAGUUAUAGUAAAUAAUAGUAAUUAUACUAUAAAGAGAGAGGUAUUGCCAUUAGGCCGUCUAUAGCUGUGAUGCCCUUUUCAACACGACGCAAUCUUUCUUAAACCUUAAAAUCGUGAGCAGCUGGAAGUGAUGAACCGCUAUUGUUCCGGAAUAGGUUAGUCAGUCUUUCAUCUUCUGAUACCGCACAAUUCUGAUUUUGUACAUAAAGCAUUUUCUUCGUAAACAGAGACGCCUUCAAGAAAAUCAAAAGAUAUCUACAUCUUCCAUGCAUUAGCUACAGAAAUUGAACCAGUGGUAAUAACAGUUGAGACAACACAUAUUUUUGUUUGUUGCAUCAUAGGAAAAAAUAUUUCCAGAUUGAGUUAGGUUCAUUCAGCAUAAAACCCAUUUAUUUCAUGUUUUCAUUCUUCACGACUUGUCUUUCAGGGACCAGUUGUUUGUACAGCAUUAAAGUUUAAUGUAGAAUAGUUUUAGCGUUUAAUUUAUAUGUAUGUGUUCUCAAACCUGAGUGAAAUUUAAAUAAAA